CAGAGUAUAAGUAGCAGCAGAUCGGUGUGUGUGUGGGGCACAGGGAACGACCGGUGAACAACAGGUGAACAACAGGUGAACAACAGGUGAAGACGAUGCUGAUGCUGCUGCUGUUCAGCGUUGGGCUGAACUUGGCCUCAGCUGCAAAGCUGGGGGUGGUGCAGACGGAGGGGGGGCAGGUGGAGGGGAACAGCCACAGGAUGGGGCUCUUCAGGAGCGUAGAUGUGUUUCAGGGAGUCCCCUUCGCUGACGUCCCGGGAAAGUGGGAGAAACCAAAACCUCACCCUGGAUGGAACGGAGUCCUGAAGGCCACAAAGCCCCGAGACCGAUGCUUGCAGGUGACGCUGCUGCAGACAAAAACCCAGGGCAGCGAGGACUGUCUCUACCUGAACAUCUUUGUUCCACAGGGACGAACAUUGUCAAGCAGCCUCCCGGUGAUGGUGUACCUGUUCGGCGGUGCCUUCCUGUUGGGGGCGUCCAACGACGUGGCGAUCCUCGGAGACUCCCUGUAUGACGGGAAGGAGAUGGCCGACAGGGGCGGGGUCAUCGUCGUCACGGUGAACUACAGGGUCGGUACGCUGGGAUUCCUCAGCACCGGAGACGCCCGACUGCCAGGUAACUACGGGCUGUGGGAUCAGCACGCUGCCGUCACCUGGGUCCGCAGGAAUAUCGAGGCGUUCGGAGGAAACCCCGACAACAUCACCCUCUUCGGCCAAUCAGCCGGAGCCGCCAGCGUCAGCUACCAGAUGUUGUCUCCCUACAGUAAAGGAUUAUUCCGCAGAGCGAUCUCUCAGUGUGGUGUGGCCCUCAGUCCCUGGGCCCUGCAGAGCAAACCCAUGUCCCUCACCAAGAAGAUCGCCCGUAAGGUCGGUUGUCAGAGGCGCGACGAGGACGAGAUGAUAACCUGCCUGAAGAUGAGCGACCCAGUCGGUCUCACCAUGGCCGGAAAAAUCGAUGUCCUGCUUCUUCUGGGAAAAGGCGUGGUCAUGGAUCUCAUGGAACUCUCUCCGGUGGUCGAUGGUGAUUUCAUCCCUGAUGAUCCGAGUCGUCUCUUCCAUAACGCCGCUCACUUUGACUUCAUGGCUGGAGUGAACAGUAUGGACGGGCACAUCUUCGCCGGAGUCGACGUCCCGUCAAUCAACCAGAAAAACGGCAACACAACUGCGGAGGACGUGAAGGGUCUGCUCGCCGGACUCACAAAGGAGAAGGGGAACGCCGCCGUCGCCUCGGCCUUCAGCGCUUACUCCUCCCACUGGGGCUCGUUCCCGGAGCCGGCGGUGCUGAAGAAGACGGUGGCCGACAUCGAGACCGACUUCCUGUUCCUGGUCCCGACACAGAUCGCCCUCCAGCUGCACGCAGACAACUCCAGUGGAGCCCGGACCUUCUCGUACCUGUUCAACAUGAAGACACGUAUCCCAGGAUUCCCUCGCUGGGUGGGGGCGGAGCACGCUGAGGAUCUGCAAUACCUGUUCGGUAAACCCUUCUCCACCCCGCUGGUCUACUUCCCCCGACACCGGGACCUGUCCGGCUAUAUGAUCGCAUACUGGACCAACUUCGCCAAGACUGGUGAUCCCAGUAGAGGCGACAGUAGAGUUCCAGUUGCAUGGCCCCCGUUCACCAAACACCACAGACCGUACCUGACCAUCAACCACAAGAUAAACAAGUCCUCUGUCAGUUACGACCUCAGGUCAGACUUGGUGUCGUACUGGACUCAGAUCUACAGCAGCUUGUCGUCAGGAACCAGAGAAGAAGAAGGAAAGUGAUCGACUGGACGAGUGAUUCACUGAAGACGAGUAGAAAAUAAUAAAUCAACAGAAGGAUUCAA